CCACCAUUAGGAGUUGAAAAAAGUAAAUAAUUCCGUGGGAAAAUGACUGCAAAUGAGCUCAAUGACAAGAAUAUAUACAUCUGCUAGAUCUCUCAUCCAUUAAUAUUAUUAGAGAGAGAGAGAUCUAGAGAGAGAUGGGAGAGGAAAACAACAAAGGCAAAGUUUGUGUGACUGGUGGAAGUGGUUUUGUGGGAUCAUGGAUGGUGAAAAGGCUUCUCCAACAUGGCUAUUAUGUCAAUACAACUAUCAGAAUGCAUCCAGAGAAAGAAAGGGACAUUAACUACCUGAGAAAUCUGGAGGGCGCAUCGGAAAGGCUAGCGGUUUUCGAAGCGGACCUCGACCGGCCGGCGAGCUUCGCGGCGGCGAUCGAGGGCUGCGCGGGCGUGUUCCACACGGCGCACCCUCUCGACUUGGAGGAGAGGGAGGCGGAGCAGGUGAAGAUCGAGAGAGUGGUGAAUGGCGCCGUCGGCAUUCUGCAGGCGUGCGUCGACGCCAAGACCGUCAAACGCGUGGUUUACUGCUCGAGCGUCGCCACCGCCGUCUUCAACGAAAAGGUCGGCGGUCUCGACGCCAUCGACGAGAGCUCGUGGACUGAUGUGGAAUUUCUGAGAAGUUUGGGGGUGUUUGGUGGACCCUACAUGGUCACGAAAACCUUGGCGGAGAAGAUGGUUUUGGAUUUCGCAGAGAGGAAUGGUUUGGAUGUUGUGGCGCUGCUUCCUACAUGGAUUCAUGGCCCUUUCAUUUGCCCUUACUUGCCUGACUCUGUCUCCAUAUUUAUGUCAUUGAUUUUAGGCAAGAAGGAAUGUUACCAGCGGCUGGUGAGGACUAGUGUGGUUCACGUAGACGACGUCGUAAGAGCCCAUAUUCAUCUGUUUGAGAAUCCUCAAGCAAAAGGGAGAUACAUUUGUUCAAAUGUUGACAUCACGAUUGAUAAAUUGCAUGAAUUUCUGUCAGCUAAAUAUCCUGAAUAUGAGCUACCAUCAACUGAUGAGUUUGAGGAUCUGAUACGGCUUACAUUCCCCAAGCUCUCAAGCCAAAAGCUAGUGGAAAGUGGAUUCAACUUUGAAAAUGGGCUACAACAAAUGUUCGAUGGGGCCAUCAAAUCAUGCAAACAUAUUGGUCUUCUUUAAUUAGUUUUAUUUUAUUUUUUUAUUUGUCUUAUGUAACUGCAAAUUUGGAGAAUUUUAAUUUUAUGAAAAAAUCACAAUAAAUAAAAAGCUUAUAUAUUUUCAUAUUAGUUUGAAAUAAUUGUAUGUAAAUACACCAAUUUUGACCAAAAUUCAUUUUUGGCCAAAAAUUCAAUAAAAUACACAAACUUUAUUAA